UGAACCGCAAAUCCAGGAAAAGGCAGCAUGGAAUCCCUCCUGAAGCAGGAGUUGGGCUCUGUCCUCAUCAAGCAAGCUGGCCACUCAGGAGGAGGCUGCAUUAGCCAGGGGCAGAGCUAUGACACUGACAAGGGCCGGGUCUUUGUCAAGAUCAACCACAAAUCUGAGGCUCGAAGGAUGUUCUUGGGAGAAAUGGCCAGCUUGGAAGCCAUUCUACAGACAGAAACGGUGAUUGCCCCUAAGCCAAUCAAGGUUAUAGACCAACCAGGAGGGGGAGCCGUACUUGUUAUGGAGCAUUUGGACAUGAAAAGUCUAAGCAGACAAUCGUCAAAGCUUGGCGAGCAACUGGCAGACCUUCACCUCUAUAAUCAGAGGCUGCGGGAUCAAAUGACUAAAGAAAGUGGGAAAGUGGGUAAAGGCCCAGGACAAGCAGAUGUUCAGUUCAUAGACAAGUUCGGUUUCCAUAUAGUGACCUGCUGCGGAUAUCUUCCAUUGGUGAACGAUUGGCGGGAUGAUUGGGUUACCUUUUACUCCCGCCAGCGCAUCCAGACCCAGCUUGACCUGCUGGAAAAAUCAUCUGGGGACAGAGAGGCGAGAGAGCUCUGGUCACAGUUACAGCUGAAGAUUCCAGCGCUGUUUGAUGGCGUUGACGUUGUGCCGGCUCUUCUUCAUGGAGACUUGUGGGGAGGUAACGUGGCGGAAUUGGAUUCUGGCCCUGUGAUAUUUGACCCGGCCUCAUUUUACGGCCAUUCUGAGUUUGAGCUUGCCAUUGCUGGCAUGUUCGGUGGAUUUGGUGGAUCCUUCUACUCCGCCUACCACGACAAAAUUCCGAAAGCUCCCGGCUUUGAGAAACGACUGAAGUUGUAUCAGCUUUUCCAUUAUCUCAACCACUGGAACCAUUUUGGAAGCGGCUACCGAGGCUCAUCUCUAAGCAUCAUGAGGAGCCUCGUGAAGUGAAUGGCUCUCCUCGCUGUAUUCGUCUCCCAGCGGCUCCCACCAACUCGCCAUCAGUAGUGGUUACUCUCUGUACUGGGAAUUAUUGAGUAUUGCAAAUUCAUUUCAAAUUUUAGCUGAAUGAGAAAAGACUCUCCAUGUUAGCUUUGUUACUAGCGUGGCCUUCUUGUCCUCAAAUAUGAAAUUUACUUUGAAUUCCCCACAGUUGUCUUUCAAGAAUAACCCUGUAACUAUUGCAUUGAUUUUAACACCUAACAGCGGAUGUAAAGCGUGUGAUUUCAUGAUUAUUGUGUGUUCCAUUCUUAGCACAGAAAACAUUAAUUGCAGAUCACUCUAUUAAAAUGUUGCUCCAACCAAAACUUCUCUGUGAUUAUUAACCAAAGGCUGUGGCGGUGGACAUUGCAUGCUGGGAUCUUCAGUUUUCAUUUUGUUGAUACAAUGUGCAGAAUUUAUAUAAAUGCACUGCAGGCUUUAAUCAAUAUGUUUUUGUGGUUUACAUAGUCCUUUUAAUGCCCUCCGGGCCAAAGACAAA